AUGUGCAUGUCAUGCUUCGUUCCCCUAACCUCCUCCUCCGUGGGACAGCCGCGGCGCCUGUUCGCCACCUCGCUGGCGGGGGUGGACCCCGAGACGGUGCUCUGGGAGCUGGACCGUGCCGCCAGCGACCUCCAGGGCGACGGAGGCCCAGCAGCCUCGCCGAAGCUGCCGUCCGCCGUCCUGUCGCGCAGCGCGGUGGCAGUGGGGAGGCCCACAGCCUGGCCCGCGGAGGAGGGCUCGGCCCAGGGGGAGCUCCUCGUCUUCGGCACCGAGGAGACGGACAGGCUGCCGUCGCUGGCGGCGCUGCCCGCGGGGCCCGCGCCGGCGCAGCCAGCCGCCGUCCUGCGGCAGCCGCUGCCGCAGCCGCCCGGCUGCGCGGAGCUUCGGAUCGAGAAGGUGGUCUACACCCACCGUGGCCAGAGUGUCACCGCUCUGCUCUGCGAGCGCGCGGAGCCGCCGCUGCCCCCCAACGCGCCGCUGCUCGUCCACGUGCACGGCGGGCCCGCGAUUGGCGUGGUGUGCUCCCAGCGCAUGGCCGCCGACGCUUGGCGCUACCCGUACCGGCACUUCCUGGUGGCUGGCUUCCGCGUGUUGCAGCCGCUCUUCCGCGGCACGCUGGGGUUCGGCGACGCCUGGGCCCAGGCCAACAUCGGCGGUCAGGGCAGCCUUGACGGCGACCUGGGCGACGUACUCGCAGGCCUUGACUUUCUCAACAACCACCAUGAGCGUCUGCGCGGCACCAUCGAGAAAUCUCGCACUGGCAUCUGGGGCGGCUCGUAUGGUGGUUACCUGACCCUUAGGGCCAUGUCCGAGGUGCCCGAGCGAUUCGGCGCAGGCGUCGCCCUGUACGGCUUCGUGCACAACCGGUGGAUGACCUACGAGGGCGGGGACUUCACGUGGGAGGACGAGUACCUGGUGCCGCCCCCACAGGAGGCCGCGGGAGCAUGCUUCGAGAUGGAGCUGGUGGAGCAGGAGGUGCCGGCCGCUGUGCUGGCGGCGGCCGCCGCCGCCGCCGCAGAGUCGGCAUCGCAGGGACCGCGCCGCUCGUUUACGGGGCGCUCCCGGGCCAGCUCGGGGGACUCCGGGGCCAGGGCCAGGGCUGCCUCCUCCGACAUCUGGCCUCUGCCGAAGGAGAUGGAGGCGUCGGACAACUUCAACGGCCUGCACAGGAUCAGCUCGCCGCUGCUUCUCAUGCACGGGGAGAAGGACGACAUAUGCCCGCUGUCGCAGUCGCAGGUCGCCUUCCACAUGCUGGAGAAGCUGGGCGUGCCCACGGGCCUGGUGGUCUACCCCGGCGAGGGCCACGGCUUCGACCAGCCCGAGCACCAGCAGGACCGCGACCGCCGCAUGCUCGCCUGGUUCACCGAGCACCUGGCGCCGCCCGGCGGCCCCGGCAGCCCGCCCGCGUAG